AUGAUAACAACAAUGAAAUCUAUUGAAUGUUUGCCGAACGAACUUUGGUUAUUAUUUAUGAGUUUUCUUCCACCAAUCGAUCUUUAUAGAGCAUUGGCUGGUCUUAAUCAUCGUAUUAAUUAUUUACUUUCUUCUAUGACUCCACGUCCGGUUCUCGAUACAUCUCAAUGUGCUGGUGAUAGAAUAUGUUUUUCUGAUCUUCUUCAAUUAAUCGAAGGCAAAGAUAUUUGGUCUCAAUUUCUUCUUUCUUCAAUCGAUACAAUUCGUCUUUAUGACACAUUGGCUAGUGAUGCACUUUGUACAUACUAUCAAUCUCCAAAGCAUUUUUCUUCAAAUCAAACUUCUUUCUUACAUUUAUUUCCUUCACUUCGUCGAUUGUAUAUAACAGGAAUUUCUGAUAAAAUCGAAAUAUCACAACUGUUUGUUCCAUUAUUCACUACGCUUUGUGAUGUUCAUUUCACAUUUGAUGCAUCUAUGUGCUGCUCAUCGUACUAUAAAGUGGUGAAUGGUUUUACUGAUCAUGGUUUAUCAUUUUAUCGUAUGGUAUUUGAUGUUGAAGAUGAUGAUAUUAGUGAAUAUUCGGAUUCAAAUGAAUAUGAAUGGAAACGAAUGUAUUUACCAAAUACUGUUUAUUUAUCACUCUAUAUCAAACGAUUAGAUGAUCUAUUCAAUCUUCUUGAUACUCAAGCAUUACCUGUUCUUGAUCAUCUCAGUGUUGCUUUUAUCACACGUGAUCUCGAAUACGAUGUAAAAAUGAUGAAUGUUAACAAUAUAACAAGUCGUUUACGUUCUCUCAAACUCAGUCACAUGUCAAUAAACAAUCUUCUCAUCUUUCUUUCAUUCGUUCAUAUGCCUUUACUCGAAAAGCUCACACUGAUUGAUAUUCAUGAUAAUACACUCAAUCGUCUUAACGAGUUUCAAAAAUAUUUUGAGACAAAGAAAAAUCUUCCUGCUCUUCGUCCAUCAUCAUUUCGAUUUCUACUUCGUUUUCCUGGUAAACUUGAAAGUAAAUGGAAUAAAUAUCGUUAUUUGCAAUGGCCACUUGAUGUUGUCAACAUUGAUCAUUGUCUUGAAGAGCAUCGUUUAUCUGUUGUGACAUACUAUCGUUCACGAACAUUAUCACUACCAAAGAAAUAUUCUCUUCUUAUUUUUACUCGUUCAUCUCUGCCUUUCCAUCGAAUUAUACACAAUUAUUCUGCUGCAAUGACACUCAAACAAACAUCAUCAAUUGAAUGGACUUGCGAUUACCUUGACAAUUCUGAACAAAUUUUUGAAGUUUUAUCAAAGUUUGGGACGAUAAAGAAACUCAAAAUUGGAACAUGGUCCGGAACAAAAUUUCAAAAUAUUGCUGCUAAAUCUAUUAUCUUUUCAUCACCAUCUGAUCGACUCCAAUUAGAUAAACUUCAUUCACUCACAUUGUUCACAACUGAGAGUUCAGACAACUUUCUAUUGAAAUCGCAACAACAUUUCUUUCUCCGUAUACUUCUUUCAGCAACAACGCAACUUGUUAAAUUAACUAUCAAUUGGAAUUAUAUCAUGAGCAUCGAUUCAAAUUUUACCAGUGAACCUUCUGCUGUCUCACCUCUUCUCAAUUUACGUCAUUUACAUUUGUGUUAUUUCAAUGUAGAUGUUAUAUUAAUUGUUACUCAUUUUGAAAAACUCACUGAAAUUAUCAUUAACAAAGACUCUGAUUAUCGACAUUUAGGUAUUCAUGGUCAUGAUUUAUUAUCUACUCAACAACGUUAUGUUGAAAACUUAUUAAGAAGUAUUCAUAAACUCCACGAUCCAAAUCGUACGAGUAUUCUUUGGACUAAUUUCCCUGAUUUACGUAUCUGGUUAUAA